ACUCAUCUAGUAAAUAGAAGGGAGCCCCAAGUAGUUGUACAAAACGGAAGGUUUUUAUAGGCAGGAGGGUGGGACAACGAGGUUAAAAGAAUGGGUUGUUUCAGACUAGGUCACCUUCCUUUGCGAGAAGGCAGAGGGAUCUUUUCAGGCAGCUUACCUCACCAGUGAUCAGGAAAUUGCUGAUUGAUUUAAAAUUCCAGUCGUGGGAGAGAAUGAAACUGCAUAUUGAGUCUUGGUGAAGCUUACCACAGUGACUCCAUUUUGGGUCUAUUUUUUUUUAACAGGUGCUUCUGGCUUCUGUUAAGCUGGCUGCCUCUUCUGUCUCUCCGCAGAAGACAGUGAAUGGAGAAUUCUCCCUAAGGUCAGCGUUUCAUUAAUUGCCUCGCUCUGGCUGCAACAGUAUCCCAGGCAUCGAUCCAAUCCUACUAUCAAAAUUUCCCGGAGAUUGCCAGCAGGUCGGACCUCGGUCUUCCAGGGACUGCCCCGAGUCGCUGAGUGGAGUGGGACGCGCCUUGAGCAGUUUACUAUCUCUGUGGGCGGUGGCCCAAGGCGCGGGACCUAUCCGAGGACCGGAUUGGGCCUUGCCCCUGUCCAUCAUCCGACGGCUCUGGGCGCCGACUGUUUUGCCGUAAGAUUUGGAAGUUGAGCACCGCCUCUGGAAACGAGGGGCGUGAAGAUUGGCGAAGGUAAACGUUGUGUGUAUUUUUCUCUUCAUUGGAUGGCUACUGUGUCAGUCAUACUCUCCGCUGCUCCCGUUGGCGGGAAGGCUCCGGGCUGGUAGCGUGGACACAGUGCUGCCCCGCCCAAGUUGCGAUCCGGGCGCGUGACGUCUCAGAUAUUUGUUGUUGGGGUUUGGGCCUCAUUAAUUAUUCAUUAACCCUUGAAAGGGCUGCAGCGAUUGGUGGCUGGGAAGCCUGGUCAACUGUUUCUUAGCUAGAGAUAGGUGUCGCCCUCUACGCGGCCGAAAAAGUUUCGCAUAAAUUAUUCCGAUGAGGUGUGGGGCGGGACUACGCAUAGAUUAGGCAAAUGAGCAGGGGAGGGACGCGAGGCCGGGUACGAAUUAGCCUAAGUUAUUAAAGAUGGCGGCGGAGCGGAGUCGCUCCCCGAUGGACUCGCCGGUCCCGGCCUCUAUGUUCGCCCCCGAGCCCAGCUCCCCGGGGGCGGCCAGGGACGCGGCGGCUGCCGCCCGGCUCCACGACGGCUUCGACUCGGACUGCAGCGAGGACGGCGAGGCGCUCAAUGGCGAGCCGGAGCUGGACCUCACCAACAAGCUGGUUCUAGUGAGCCCUACGUCAGAGCAGUAUGACAGCCUACUUCGGCAGAUGUGGGAGAGGAUGGACGAGGGAUGCGGAGAGACCAUAUAUGUCAUUGGGCAGGGAUCAGAUGGGACUGAGUACGGGCUGAGCGAAGCGGACAUGGAGGCCUCCUACGCCACAGUGAAAAGCAUGGCAGAGCAGAUAGAGGCCGACGUCAUCCUCCUGCGGGAACGGCAGGAAGCGGGGGGCCGCGUGCGUGAUUACCUGGUCCGGAAGCGAGUAGGAGACAAUGACUUCCUGGAGGUCAGGGUAGCGGUAGUGGGCAACGUGGAUGCUGGCAAAAGCACGCUUCUGGGGGUCCUGACACACGGGGAGCUGGACAAUGGCCGAGGCUUUGCCCGCCAGAAACUCUUCCGCCACAAACAUGAGAUCGAAUCUGGUCGCACCAGCAGUGUGGGCAACGACAUUCUGGGCUUUGACAGCGAAGGCAAUGUGGUGAACAAGCCAGACAGCCACGGGGGCAGCCUGGAGUGGACGAAGAUUUGUGAGAAAUCCACUAAAGUGAUCACCUUCAUUGACUUGGCUGGCCACGAGAAAUACCUGAAGACCACGGUCUUCGGCAUGACGGGCCACCUGCCUGACUUCUGCAUGCUCAUGGUGGGCAGCAAUGCUGGCAUCGUGGGGAUGACCAAGGAGCACCUGGGCUUGGCAUUGGCACUCAAUGUGCCUGUUUUUGUGGUGGUCACCAAGAUUGAUAUGUGUCCUGCUAACAUCUUGCAAGAAACCCUGAAGCUGUUACAGCGCCUGCUGAAGUCGCCGGGCUGCCGGAAGAUCCCUGUGCUGGUGCAGAGCAAGGAUGAUGUGAUCGUUACCGCCUCCAACUUCAGCUCCGAGAGCCGGGAUCAAGCCCGCAACCUGGGUAUGUGCCCUGACCGGAAAUCGAACCAACAACCUUUGGGGCACAGGAUGACGCCCAAGCAACUGAGCCACACCAGCCCGGGCAGCUGCCCCCAUUUUAAUUCACUGAGUUUUUCUGGUGCCUGUCUGUGCAGGAUGUGCCCGAUAUUCCAGAUCUCCAACGUUACAGGCGAGAACCUAGAUCUGCUGAAGAUGUUCCUCAACCUCCUCUCCCCCCGCACCAGCUACCGGGAGGAGGAGCCGGCGGAGUUUCAGAUUGACGACACUUACUCUGUGCCGGGUGUGGGGACGGUGGUGUCAGGGACAACACUCAGGGGCCUGAUCAAGCUGAAUGACACGCUGCUGCUGGGCCCGGAUCCUCUGGGGAACUUCCUGUCCAUCGCUGUGAAGUCCAUCCACCGCAAGCGCAUGCCUGUCAAGGAGGUGCGGGGGGGCCAGACAGCCUCCUUUGCGCUGAAGAAGAUUAAGCGCUCAUCCAUCCGGAAGGGCAUGGUGAUGGUUUCCCCGCGUUUGAAUCCCCAAGCAUCCUGGGAAUUUGAGGCCGAGAUCCUCGUCCUCCACCACCCCACCACGAUUAGCCCACGCUACCAGGCCAUGGUGCACUGUGGGAGCAUCAGGCAGACGGCCACCAUUCUGAGCAUGGACAAGGACUGUCUACGCACUGGGGACAAGGCCACGGUGCACUUCCGCUUUAUCAAGACCCCCGAGUACCUGCACAUAGACCAGCGGCUGGUGUUCCGGGAAGGCCGCACCAAGGCCGUGGGCACCAUCACCAAGCUCCUCCAGACCACCAACAACUCCCCAAUGAACUCCAAGCCUCAGCAGAUUAAAAUGCAGUCAACGAAAAAAGGCCCCCUGACCAAACGAGAAGAUGGGGGUCCCCCUGGAGGGCCGGCCGUAGGGGUGCCUCCCCCUGGAGACGAAGCGGGCUCUCUGGGGGCUGCACAGUCAGCUGCGUCCAGCAGUCUCCAGCCAAUGCUCAAGCCCAGCAGUGGGGGCCGGCGACGAGGGGGCCAGCGCCACAAGGUGAAGAACCAGGGGGCCUGCAUGACUCCUGCCACUGGCUGCUGAAUUUCUCCUUCCCACCCAAGGAUUCUCGUGCUCUGGCCACGCUCCAUCCGAUGGGCCAGAGCAGCCACCACCCUCCCCAGGCCACAGCCAGAGCCUCAUCAUUCCCCAGCCCUGGUUCCCGGGGCUCUAAUUUAUAGCCGAGGACGACGGCAGACUUCCGGAGCACUACCAUCUCCCGCCCGCUUGCCCGCCUUCUUCCUCACUCAGUUUUUGUCCAUCUGGGCCCUUAGUUUUUAUUUUCUCUCUCUCGUGUGUGUGCGUGCGUGCGUGCGUGUGUGGGUGUGUGCAUGGCCACUCAGGGCCCUGGCAGUCUUUCUUCUCUUCCUUUCCUCCUCCAUGGCUGGCCCCGGCCUCCAGGAGCUGUCCGUCGUGUGUGUCUGUGAGAACCUUUAGGGGCUGUCCGGAACUGAAGGGCCUCCCUCCCAGUGCUGCUCUGUGCCCGGAGCCCUCUCUGGAGCUGGCCUCGGGGCGGGGGCUGCAGGUAUACGUGCUGCUGCUCCGUCUCAGGAGCCUCCUCCUGGGACUUGGGGCUUCUGGCAGGGUUGACAGUACUGGCUCCCUCUCUUCCCUCCCUCUUUCUCCUUAAACCCCCAAACAGGAAUGCCAGAAGCUCUUACAUUGUAACCUGUAGAUGGUGGAGGGGAGCGGCGAUUGGGUUGUCAGGCCCUUCCUGCUCUUCCCUCCGGCCCGUGCCACUGACCCAAAGACAGCUGGUGGCUUUCCUUCCCGGGACAAGCCUGUUUGCCUGCUGCUCAGGGCAGCUCCUGUUCUGCCAUCUGCUGAGCCUCCCGGGCUGCCUCCUGCCUGGACCUUGAAUCUUACUGGGUCUUGGGGCACUGAUGACCUAGACAGUGUCGCCUGCUCAGGGUCAUGCUCACUAGCACCUCCUUUUGGUGGGGUGCGGGGUGUUCCUCUGAGCCAGGCUGGGAGGGGAACCCCUCCUUCCCACACAACUCUGCCACAUCACCCCAGCAUGGCUGCUGCAGGAGCACAACAGGGAUUGGCCUGAGCCCCAGGUUUGGAAGCCCCGGUUGGGAUAGGGGAGGCAGAUGCAGGCCCCGCGGAGCAGGAAGCCUUCUGGAAGAACCACUGCUUGGGGCGGGGGCGGGGGGGCAGAAGGCAGCGUGGGCCCUGAACCAGCCUGGCUGAGC